AAGGUUGGAGAAGCCACCUGUGGGGCUGGGGAGAAAAGACCCCCCUCCAGGGGGCGUGGCUACCCCUCCCGGGCCUGGAGGGGGCGUGGCCAGGCCGCACACCUGGCGAGGCACCUGCCCGCAGCCGGGGAAGCGCAGCGCAGCGGGGCCGCCGGGCCAGGAAGGCGGGGAGAGGAAGAGGCGCGUCUCUCUCGGCGCUCCGCUCCUUUCCCAGCCCGCGCCGUGGACAGGAAGGGCGGCCCGGGCGCGCGGAAUGAACGCACGUUAAUAUGGCUUUCAAAUGCAAAGCAAAAACUUUGCAGGUGGUUGAUACCGAAUAUAGUGCAGACGCGGUAGAAUGGUGCCCGGUGGAAGGCUGGCACAACAUCUUGGCAUGUGGCACCUACCAGCUGAAGAAACCAGAGAAUGAGCCUGGUCAGAGUCCUAGAGAGGACAGCGAGACCCCCGUGCGCCUGGGACGCCUCUACCUCUAUUCCUUUGAAGAUCAAAUUUUCACCCCGCUGACGGAGCUCCAGAGGCUGGAAACGGUGGCUAUAUUGGACGUCAAAUGGUGCCAUGUUCCCAUCGCAGGACAUCCUGUUUUAGGCAUCGCAAAUGCCCAGGGAGUGGUGAAGCUGUCCCACUUGAUGGGAAGUGAGAAGAGUUGCAGGCUUCAACCUCUGUGCAGUGUUGACCUGGGAGACGAUUGUCUUGCUUUGUCAUUGGACUGGUCCACGGGACGAGAGCAGUGUGGCCACCCCCUGAGACUGGUCAGCAGCGAUUCCAAAGGAAGAGUCAGCUUGCUGUCGGUGGACGAAUCCGCUUCCUCGGUGCACGUCUUGGGCCAAUGGAAGGGACAUGACUUUGAAGCCUGGGUCGCUGCGUUUGACUAUUGGAACACGCACGUCGUGUACUCAGGUGGAGAUGACUGCAAACUACGGGGCUGGGAUACACGGAGCAGCUCAAGAACUCCUCUCUUCACCAGUGAGCGGCAUUCUAUGGGGGUCUGCAGUAUUCAGAGUCACCCCCUGCGGGAAAAUCUGCUAGCUACGGGAAGCUACGACGAACACGUCCUUCUGUGGGACACCAGGAAGAUGAAGCAGCCCCUGGCUGACACCCAUGUGGAAGGCGGUGUCUGGCGCUUAAAGUGGCACCCGUCCCAGGAGGAGUGGCUGCUGGCUUCUUGCAUGCACAACGGCUUUGUAAUCCUCGGUUGCCCAAAGGAUUUAGUAGACGAGAACCAAGAGAAAUGCACGAUCCUGUCGUCCUACGCCUUGCACAAUUCUUUGGCUUAUGGCGCCGAUUGGUGCAGGCUCCCCCUGGGCACGUCUUUGGAGGAGUCUACGGCAGCACUGACAAUUCAGGAGGACCAAAGAGCCAGCCCGGAGGACGUGAAAGGGAAGAACCUCAAGAUCAUUUACGAAUCCCCCACAGCCACCUUCGAUGUGCUGCUCGAAGAAGAGGAGAAUCAACCUCCCGUCUCUCCAUCCCCAGCGGGAGGCUCCUUGGUCCCCCAGGGGCCUUCCGGAGACGCAAGAGCUCCAGAUACCAAAGCCAAUGGGGAUGCCCACGCAGCCAAAGCCCACCGGGAGACCAGCCUCUUAGCGACGUGCUCCUUUUACGACCAUGUUCUACAUGUUUGGAAGUGGGAGGUCAGCUGGAGCUCCCCUCUGGCUUAAACCCACUGUGGAGUGGGGGGACAGAGCCAUGUAUUCUGCCUUUUUUUCUAUUUGCAGGAGAAACGUGGGAUGACUUUGGACAGAAGGGAAUAUUUGUGUAGCUCAGAGUUCAACGGUGAGGUCCUUGAACUUACGUCGUUAACUUGCAGGCGUUUCAUGACCAAACUAGGUAACAUCAUCAGAGCUAGAGGGGAGUGCCAUCUGCUGUGUGCAGGAGGAAGAGGAGGACUGUAGGGUUCUUGGCUUGUUCUUGCAGACAUCUCAUGACUCAACUAAGCAACGCCAUCAGUGCUAAUGAGUGUGGCGUUUGCUCCACAUUCACAUACAGUAGCUUCUCCUUACGGUCCCACUGGAGGUGUGGUUUUCUCCUUGUUAGUUCCUUGAGCAGGGUAUUGUUUUCUCCUUGUCUGUCUGGUGUCAAUUCCUGCUUAUCUGGAUACUGGAUGCAAGUUUCAAGGUAAGCUACUGGAUAUAAACAGGUAGCUCAUUUGGUACCAGUAACCAAACGGUAUCGUUUGGUAAAUGAAACAUCUGCAGGAAAACCAUCAAGCUCAGAGAACAUCAAGGACCCCAGAAGUCAAUUUCGAGCUACCAAUAUUCUCUUCUAUGUUUUUAUAUUACUGCUGGGAGCCUCCAGUAGCCGUGAGUUUUUGAAGCCUCGUAUGUUGCUUACUUGGUUCUUUUCAACAGCUUUUUAAUUUUGUACUGCAGAAAUAAGUUUGCUUAGGUUCCCUAAUUUCCUGUUAAUUCCACUUUUCUCCUAAGAUUUGAUUCUUGCGACAUUCUCAAACACCAGCUUUAUCAGUGGAGUGGUAUUUGGUUCACCCCCCACCCCACCCAAUAAAUAGGGAACCUGUUUUAUUCAAGCUUGGGAAAAGAGGUUGAAAUUAAAAACUGCCACCAAUGAUAACCACAAAUCGAAGCACAAGCCCUUUUUGUAGUGUCAAAGGGCUUAUUUAUGAUCUGAGGUAUUACCAAUUAUGGUAUUUUCAUACAAACAUGAUCGUUGGCAUUGUAAAGAGAACCUUCCAACUAAAAUAUAUUUUCGAUCUCUUUUUUACAAUAAAAUGUUGUCUUGUAAGA